AUGUGUGGAACCACCAGUUUUCUCUAUGUGUGGAGAAGGUUAAUCCCAGUGAAGGCACAGAACACUGCGUUGCUACGGAAAGGGUUGCGUGUCCACACAUGUUUUGGCCUCUACCCACACGCUUCUGUGUGGUAUGACUGUGCAUCCCAGAAGAAGGGCUGUGGUGUGUGCAUUUGUGCUUCAGUGGAAUUUCACAAACUGAUUCCUGAAAAUGGUCUCAUAAAGUUCCACCAGGUGAGAAGAGUGAUGACCAUCCUUUUCCUUACUAUGGUUAUUUCAUACUUCGGUUGCAUGAAAGCUGCCCCCAUGAAAGAAGCCAACGUCCGAGGACAAGGCAGCUUGGCCUACCCAGGUGUGCGGACCCAUGGGACUCUGGAGAGCAUGAACGGGCCCAAGGCGGGUUCAAGAGGCCUGACGUCGUCGUUGGCUGACACUUUUGAACAUGUGAUCGAAGAGCUGUUGGACGAGGACCAGAACAUUCGGCCCAGUGAGGAAAACAAUAAGGACGCGGACAUGUACACGUCCCGGGUGAUGCUCAGCAGUCAAGUGCCUUUGGAGCCUCCUCUCCUCUUCCUGCUCGAGGAAUACAAAAAUUACCUGGAUGCUGCGAACAUGUCCAUGAGGGUCCGGCGCCACUCGGACCCCGCCCGCCGCGGGGAGCUGAGCGUGUGCGACAGCAUCAGUGAGUGGGUGACGGCGGCGGAUAAAAAGACUGCAGUGGACAUGUCGGGCGGGACGGUAACGGUCCUCGAAAAGGUCCCCGUCUCGAAAGGCCAGCUGAAGCAGUACUUCUACGAGACCAAGUGCAAUCCCAUGGGUUACACAAAGGAGGGCUGCAGGGGCAUAGACAAGAGGCAUUGGAACUCCCAGUGCCGAACUACCCAGUCGUACGUGCGGGCCCUCACCAUGGAUAGCAAAAAGCGCAUUGGCUGGCGGUUCAUACGGAUAGACACUUCCUGUGUAUGUACAUUGACCAUUAAGAGGGGAAGAUAGUGGCUUUAUGUUGUAUAGAUUAUAUUGAGACAAAAAGGAUCUAUUUGUAUAUAUACAUAACAGGGUAAAUUAUUCAGUUAAGAAAAAAAUAAUUUUAUGAACUGCAUGUAUAAAUGAAGUUUAUACAGUACAGUGGUUCUACGAUCUAUUUAUUGGACACUUCCAUGACCAGAAGGGAAACAGUCAUUUUUUUGCGCACAACUUUAAAAAAAGUCUGCAUUACAUUCCUCGAUAAUGUUGUGGUUUGUUGCCGUUGCCAAGAAUUGAAAAACGU